GCCGUGUUUGAGCCGGCCAAUCAUAACGCCGAGAGGGAGGCUGCGGAAGCUACAAGGAGGGGUGGCGGCGGGCGUGGCUGCGUUGCAAGGGCCGAGCAAGAUGGCGGAGGGGGACAACAACAGCGUCUACCAGCUGGCUGCAGAAACAGCUAGCUUGGAAGAGCAGUUGCAAGGAUGGGGAGAAGUGAUCUUGAUGACCGAUAAAGUUCUUCGUUGGGAGAGAGCCUGGUUUCCUCUGGCGCUGAUGAGUGUUGUUUCAUUUUCUUUCCUGAUGAUCUACUACUUGGAUCCAUCCGUUCUUUCAGGCGUUUCCUGCUUUGUUAUGUUCAUCUGUUUGGCUGAUUAUCUUGUUCCUGCUCUCGCACCCAGAAUCUUUGGCUCUAAUAAAUGGACUACGGAACAGCAGCAAAGAUUUCAUGAGAUCUGCAGCAAUUUGGUCAAGUCCCGUCGCCGAAUUGUUGGAUGGUGGAAACGUCUUUUCACGCUGAAGGAGGAGAAGCCUAAAAUGUACUUCAUGACCAUGCUUUGUUCUCUUGCUGUGGUUGCCUGGAUUGGACAGCAAGUUCACAACCUCUUUCUGACAUAUCUUAUUGUAAGUUUCUUGCUGCUGUUUCCUGGACUGAACCAGCAUGGGAUCAUUACGAAGUAUGUUGGAAUGGCAAAAAGGGAAAUAAACAAACUGCUCAAGCACAAGGAGAAGAAAAAUGAGUGAAGACUUAACUGCUGUUUGCUCUUGUAAAAGGUUUUCUUGGGAACAGUUUUGUGAAUUAAUGUAUAAUUAAGAUAAUAGAAGUUGUAUUGCUCACUG